UUGUGAAAUUUUGAGCGGUCUCGAGAUCUGUUGGAAAUUGAACAACUAUUCUUUAUUAGAAAAAUCACCGAGCCAAUACUUGUUUUGAAGAAUCAAACACCACGCUUGUUUUGCUAUGUCAUUUUUGUAUUUUAUUUCAUUCAUUCAUUUGGCUCUUUUUGCACUAUGUUUCUUUAUUUGUUUGUUCGCUUGUUUUGUUUUGUUUUUUUUGGGGGGGGGGGCGGGGAAAUCGAGCCAGUUGUUGUCCGUGAAGCCCGCGACAAGAACGUGCAAUCUGGGGACGGGUAGGAGAGAACCCUGGGAAGGACGGGGUAACAGCUAGGGGAGAGAACCUGGGGGCGAGGUUGGGGAAAGUGUUCACUUCAUAAAUAAUUCUUACUAUGCAUUUUUAAAAUCAUUUCUUGUGAAAUUUUGAGCGGUCUCGAGAUCUACUGGAAAUUGAACAACAAUUCUUUAUUAAAAAAAAUCACCGAGCCAAUAAUUGUUUUGAAGAAUCAAACACCACGCUUGUUUUGCUAUGUCAUUUUUGUAUUUUAUUUCAUUCAUUCAUUUGGCUCUUUUUGCAUUAUGUUUCUUUAUUUGUUCGCUUGUUUUGUUUUGUUUUUUUGGGGGGAAGGGGGUGAAAUCGGGCCAGUUGUUGUCCGUGAAGCCCGCGACACAAGCAUAUUCUCCGCCAAUCUCUUUCCCAGACGCUGUGAUCCUUUUGUUCGGUACCAAGUAUAACGUUCCGCUGGACCACGGUAACGAAUACUUAGGGGGCGUGAUUGAUCGUCUGCGACAUUUUUCGCUAUUGCGCACGAGCAAACUAUUGUUUGUAAUCAGUUAUUUUCAGUUGACGUGAAGAUCUCUAGUCCGCUAAAAAUUUCUACAAGAAAUAAUUUUUUAUAAUAUUUUUUUAUGAUAAUGUUAAAAAAGAAGAAUAUUUUUUUUGCACAUUUAGGGCCGACGUGGUGAGCAAGGUGAACCAGGCCUUCCAGGAGCCAUGGGCCUCAAGGUAACUUAUGUCGUGACGAGCUCACAACUACUAAAAAAGAAUGACAUCAAUUACUGAGCUUUUCAAAAACACGAGAAUUGUGACGUUCAAAAGCCAACUGACGUUUGCGUUUUUCGCUGCCGUCAAACAUCUUAGCGGACCUCCUAGGAAACAGAGGUUUGUAAUUUGUGAUUGGUGAAUUUUGAUUCGUUUUGUGUGUUUCUCUGUUUCAAGGUUCGUUGCUUGUGAUCGUAAUUAUGAUUGACGGCAGCGAAAAACGCAUUUGUGACGGCGGCUUCUGAAAUUUAAUAGUUCGCGUACUUUUGAAAAGCAUAGUAACACAUACACAUCCUAACCAGCGUCUCCUGACUGAUUAUUCAUACAUUCUUAUAUCCACAUGGUACGGGAACUAAGGUUCUUUUUAAAGGUUGUGAAAGCUAUUUUAACACAGGGGGAACAUAUAUUUAGGAGGAAAUUAAAUGACCCUUUGAAGGUUAUUGUCUAGUAUACAAUAUUAUGCUUGGAGUUUGCGUUUACUUAAGACCUUUCUUCACCAAGCGAAUAUUUUUCUUAUGCGUGAAAAAACGCGAUGGUAUAGACAUUGUUCAACUGUCCAAUUGGAAAAGAGAUGAGUUGUUUUCUAUUGACAGGCUUAACUGCAAAGCUCUCUCUUGCAUUUAUUCCACUGUAGGGUGCCCGAGGCCCCAUAGGUGCUCCUGGUUUACCCGGCAGUGCUGGAAAACAGGUUGGUUCAGUAAUUCAUGACUGCGUCUUUAAUGAUUCCCAACAGACUUCUUGUGCUAUUAGAAAGGGUUACAAAAACUGGGCAGAUAUUGCACCUUAUGAUUGCGAUUGCUGUUGAAAGAAUAAUAAAGUGAUACAGCAAAAACCUUUUAUGUUGAGAGAAUAGGCUUAAGAUUAUUUCGUUUAAAAAGGCAAACUAACUAGUUCAACUAGUAAAACAUCAUAGAGUGACUCUUUCAUGUGAUAGUUACACCACGUAAUUACCAAGCAGCGAGGAUUAAAACAGUCGGUUAGUGCGCGGACUUCUGUGUGGAAGGUUUACAUUCCUAUUCCCUGGUGUGACCUCCUUGUCUUGACAUCUUCAUCCUUUCCGUGUAGCUUUUAGUAGCUUUAACGAAAUACCUAUAAGACAGAGCACUGAAGGAGAGAGGGGGUAAAAUAGACGUACCAUCGGCCUCAGGUUUGUUACUAGUCCUGAGUGAGUACUGGUACGAGUUACUGAUGUAAAACAAGGACCCUUACCUUUUGAACCGAAGGAGAUCGAAUACGAGUGCGACUUUGGAAUUACGAGCUUAUUUAUCCUACCAACUGUGGUACUUUCCUGUCGCUGACUGAUCUAAGCAUCAUGAGGUUGCAUGAGGUACGCAAAUUAAUAUCAAAUCGUACUGAAUCGGUCUUGUUCUCGAGGACGAGGACAACUACUAGAACGAGUUUUGGCCUAAGGUCGUAUCGCGUCUUCUUUAAAAAAAGACACCCACGACGCUUCAUUAAAAUUGUCGUUGUAUUUUUUUUUUCAUCAGAAAAUUUAGCCCGAUUAUUCUUAUCAAAGGAGGUUAAGCCCUCUCCCGAUUGCAAAAUGAUGAAACUUCAAACAGUUGAUAACUUUUUUCCGCCAAUCCUAAAACUCGUAGUAGAAUGACGACGGCUACCAAGUUUUCCCCCAUCGAGGAGGGUGUUAUCCGUCGAGGCUGACGCUGGUUCACGCGCAAGCACUACAGCCUGUACUUUGUAGUCGUCCUCGUCUUAGAAUGUAAAGUCUCUACCACUGACUCCGACAGACGAGAUUUAAUUAUUAAGUAUAAUCUAAACUUGCUUACUUCACUUGUCUUUGUUGUUUUUAGGGUGAAGCAGGAGAACAAGGAAAAGACGGACAACCUGGUGCAGUGGUGUCAGACAAAAUUUUAAACAACAGCAACGUUUUAUUUGCCCCGAUUUCGGUUAAAAUUGUUGGUGCGACCAAAAGACUUUUUUCUUUGAACAACAACAACGUUAUUUAUUUGCCAAACAUGCGAACUCUUUUUGCCCAAUACAUUUUUCGCUUCAAUCAUAAUUAGAUUCGGAACGAACCACAAAAAAAACGGAUCGGGGCAGUAAUCACUAAUCACAAACCUUGACGGAACCCGUUAAAUCCUUGUUUCCAGAUAAGAUGAUUGACGAACUAAAAACAUUGGCUUUUGAACUUGAGAUUCCGUUUUUAUUCGAUUCGAAAAACGCCGCCCUCGAUUAAACGCCGUAGAUGAAGGCAAAAUUAUCAAUAAAAGCCGCCCUCGAAUAAACGCCGCACCUAAUUAAAAGAAUGCGGCGUCUAUUCGGGGAUACUGAUAAAAAAAACUCGGUACAACUUGGUAAUAUACACCAUUCAGACAACUACGAUACUAUCCCAGCAAAAUAACAGAGACAUUGGAACCUUUAAAGUACAUAAUAUUCAACAAACGAUUUACAGUAACUGUUGUCAGUGAUUUAAGAAAAGUGAUUUCGAAACAAAGCCGCCCUCGAAUAAACGCCGCCCUUAUAUAAACGCCGCAUCGGAAACGCUAAAAAUUUAAUAAACGACGCGGGGCUUAAUCGAAUAAAUACCUAUCAAAAUAGAUGAAAGUUCAAGUUUCACUCAAUCUACAUUGGCCUAUCUCCAGCGCCGCCCGUUCUCUCAACCUAAAACUCUUUCCAACUGCCACCUCCAAACUUGACCGCGGUCAAACGAAGGAAAUUUGUUACUGCGCUUUUCAAACCACGCGAACUCUGAAGUUCAAAAGCCGCCUUCACAAUUACGUUUUUCGCUGCCGUCAAUCAUUAUUACGAUCACGAGCAACGAACCUUGAAACACAGAAACACACAGAACGGAUGGAAAUCCACCAAUCACAAACCAUGACCUUUUGAGCUCGUUGAAGAAAACUUCUGUUUCCUAAGAGGUCCGCUCUUAUUGACGGCAGCGAAAAAGCAAACGUCAGUUGGCUUUUGAACUUCAGAAUCUCGCGUGUUUAUGAAAAGCGCAGUAAAACUGAGGAAAGUACUUCGAAACAAUGGCUAGCGCUGUCGGUUUCUGUUUGACAAUUUAUCAAUUUGCUAAAUAAGAUUGUUGCAACUUUGCUAAAACUUUUUUCAGGGUUUAAAACCCGAACUAUGCACUUGUCUGCGCCAUUUAUCAAAAUAACUUUGUUUGAGCUCGAAGCAUAUCAUUUUAAGUAAAUGUAGCCCACUAUUUUGACAAAAACCAAAACAUCGACAUAUUUACCCCCGUCGGACGCCUAAACCCAUAUACCAGCUUCUUUCACCAAUCCAACUCCUGUUUCCUCUCAUUGUGUUAUUCGGCUUACAAGUAUAUUUUUGCAGGGUGAACGUGGACCUGUUGGUGAAAUUGGACUUCCAGGAGAACCGGUAAAAUUAUUGUAAAAUACUUUUGACUUCAUCUUCCUUAUUUUGUAAACAUCUUCCAAAUUUGGUCCCCGCUAGCUGGUUAUGAAGAAUUAGCCCGGUGGGAUUUGAGCCAAUCAGAAACAGAGAAAUAUUGUGAAUGAGUAAUAAUGUAUUUUCCCACGCCCUAGUGAGAUUCCCGAGCAUCCUAUACCGACUUUUGAUAAGCACAAAGAGCAUAAAUUGAGAUUCAGUAUAAUACAAAAAUCUCGUUGACAAGCCCAUGAUACUAUAGACACAGAUGGGUGUUUGAUGACUCAGGGGUAAGACAGCCUAUGGACUUUAUCAUUUAUUUAUGAGUAAUGCCUUAAGAAAACGUUCAGUGGGAUAAGACUAUGAAAGUUUAUUCCCGACCUUGGAAAGAAUCAAGGUUUAUAGAACGAUUCUUAUCUAGAGAGCCCAGUUGUUCGAAGGCCAAUUAGUGGAAUGUUUCAGGGCGUGAAAUUCUUCUUUUGCCUUCUAAUGUCGUUUUUAGGGUCCUGUUGGAACUGCUGGUCAAGAAGGGGCACAAGGAGUUGAUGGACUACCCGUAUGUUUUUAUUUUUACCCUUAUUCUGAUUGUAUGAUUAAUUAGCUCAUCGCAAGAUAUUUUACAAUUUAUGCGCAUUCCCUCGAUCGAGUUAGCGCAUGCUUGUUGCAGUUCUAAUGCUUAGAAUUUGGCAACCCGGUCGACUAUGAAAACCUGGCCGUGAUCUGGGACCACCCAAAACCUGGCCCCUUUUUUCCAGUUUAAUGAUCCUGAUCUGGGACCACGGCGAAUUUUUUGAUACAACUUACUUUGACCCGAUGACCCGCACAGGUUGUCGAACGUCACUGUCACGGUCCUGACUAUUCCUGGUCGAACUCAAUGCUCUCACUGUUUUAAAGAAAAAUUUUUUUCAAAUGUGUGGUAAAUGUGUUAAUGGUGCUGUAGAAAUAGAAUAAAGGCCCCAGACGCUUGUAAUUGUUAUUUUUUGCAUUCUGGACUUUUUUUUCUUCAUGUUAAUGUUUUUUUUUUUUUUUUUUUUUUUUUUUUAUUUUAUUUUAGGGAGGCAAAGGACCUGAGGGUAAACGAGGAGAAACUGGGAGGCCAGGACAACCAGUAGGUGUUCAACUUACUUUGAAAUCAUAGAGUAUUUUGUUGUAAUUAUAAGAUAUAAUAUAUCAGUAAAAAAUAGGGCCAUUGAUACGAGUACGAAUAAGAUGCAUCUUACAUAAGGCGCUUCCUAAAUAAGGCGCAAACUGUCCCGUAUAAACUGCACAUUUCAUCUGAAAUACGACCCGACUUAGCAAAGGCAGUCUUUUCUAAGUACAAUUAGCGUCAUUUUUUAUAAGAAAUGUACUGUUAACACGGUACCGGUUUGCGUCUUGCUUAGAACGCAUCUUAUGGAAAACGCGUCCUACUUUUCCUUGUAUAAAUGGCCCUAAUAAAUGCGUGACUGGAUUAUUUCAUUUUGGUAGGGUUACCCCGGGCUUACUGGUAAACCUGGUGUUAGUGGCACAAAAGGACAACAGGUGAGUAAUACUAGUUAUUCAGUCUAUCUGAGGUCUCUCUCCUUUUCAGAGGCUUCCUGUGUCGCUGGUGGAAGGUAGACUGUGCCACGCUCUUCGAUAAUAGGAACGUCGUGAUCUGGAGAAGGGGGUGCCUUCUUCCUCCCAAGCUCCUACUCGGUUUUCACAAGCGAACUAUCUUGGAGUCUGCAACAGACUAGGGGGGAGGAGAGAGAAAAGAUUUACUGCCCAACGGGAGUUUCUGCUGAGAAGAGAGAGUGAGACUUCAGGUCAAUUUCUUCUCUCGGGCAGCCGUUCUUUGUCUUUGUUUCCUCAAGUACCGCUUCUCGAGGACCCAAAGACCGGCUGGGUAGGAGAUUAGAAUAGAAAUUCCACAAAGCGUCGCAUGUGAAUGGUGGCACUUUAAGAGAAGUCCAAUACAAUGCCAUCACCGUACAUAACAUGCCACAAGUUAUUCCACGAAGGUCAGGGUAACACGGAUACUUUCUAAGAUACUGUUGAUAAGUGUUGAGCAAACAAACCACCUAAAACUUUUCUGCUUCACCGCGCAACUGUGAUCACCACGUUAUCAUCGCUCCAUGCAAGGGAAUCCAAUACAGUCUGGGAUUACGGAUCCCUCGCCGUGGAUUCCGGAUUUCAGGUGUUGGACUACAGUCUUUGUCAGUAGAACCGUAUUCCUUAAGUUGUAUUCCUGAUGACCGGACUCCAAAGCCCAGUGUUUCGGAUUUCACAAGCAAAAUUUCCCCGGAUUUCUGAUUCCACAAUAAUCACGACUAGGCUUUGUCAGAAACUUUUUAUAAUAAGACAAUUUAACUGGAGACCUACGUGAACGUUAAUUAGCAACUAGAAACGCCCUUUUUCUCAUGAACAAAAUGAGUAAGAGACCAUACUAUUGCGAUACACAUGCGUUAUUGACCAAAUGUGAGUUUUGUUAGCAUAAUAUUGGCCAAGUUCUUUUUUGUGUUUUCGUUUCGGUCAAUAAAAACGCCAAAAAGAACGAGGUCAAUAUUCAGCCAUCUUGACCAAAGAAGCUUGGUCAAUAAAGGACUUAUCAUCUGGCCAAAAAUUUUUACUUGCGGAACCAACGCGGGAAAUCCCGACCGACCAUCUUACCUGCUCGGGUGGCCAAUCAGAAUGCAGGAUUCACUUCAUCUUGCCUGUUAGUGGAUUCAGCCAUGUAAUAAAACUCAGUAUUGCUUUAUCACAGGGAAACACCGGAAACCAAGGAUUGCCUGGUGAAGACGGCAAGGACGGCCAGCCGGUAGGGUGAUAUACAUAGGGGCUAUGCGGAAGUGAAUUUUAAUUUUUCUUCCGGUUUUUUAGUGGUUUGAUCUCCUUUUGGAAUUCAUAUACGUUAUUAUUAUCAUUAUCAUUAUCGUUACCGUUAUCACGAUCGUUAUCGUUAUCGUUAGCUAUCACUAUCGUUAUCAUUAUCAUUAUUGUUAUCUAUAUCGUUAUCAUUAUCGUUAUUAUUAUCAGUAUCAUUGUCACUAUUGUUAUCCUAGUUGUUAUCAAAAUCGAUAUCGUUAUCGUUAGUUAUCACUAUCGCUAUCAUUGUAGUCAUCGUUAUCAUUAUCAUUAUCUAUAUCGUUAUCAUUAUCGUUAUUAUUAUCAGUAUCAUUGUCACUAUUGUUAUCGUUGUCGUUAUCAAAAUCGAUAUCGUUAUCGUUAGUUAUCACUAUCGCUAUCAUUGUAGUCAUCGUUAUCGUUAUCAAUAACGUUAUCGUUAUCAUUAUCAUUAUCAUUGUCACUAUUGCUAUCGUUGUCGUUAUCGUUAUCAUUAUCAUUUUACUUAUUCUGCAAGAAUAUUGCUUCUGAAAAUCAUUUGAAAUUAUUUGAUCAUCGAUGGACGUUAUGUUUCGGUGCGAUGGAUGAGAUCUCCAACACAGGAAAAGGUUUGAACACCUUUUAAGGUGUUUAUAACACUGUCUUAUAAUUCUACAAAAGCGGGAUCAGCCUUAGAUUCCCAUAGAACAGAAAACCAGCCACCAAUACACCAAAGGAUAACGAAAGAAAAUUGAAUAUUGCUUCUAAGUUUUUGAUUAUGUAAUUAAUUUCAUUUUGGAUUUGCCUCACAGUCACUUUCUCUCGCUAUAUCGUAGUGAUACAACAUAUGAUUAAGUUAAUGUUAAAGAGACACAGUUUCCCUCAUUAGAUCCAUCCCAUGAAGACUUACACAGUCAAUUUUGUAUACUCAGUCUGUCACUUGUAUGUCUUGUAGGGAUCAGAUGGUGCACCUGGUAGUUCGGGAUCACCGGGCCUUCCAGGACCAAAGGUAAAUUACUGUUACGAGGCUAAAACUCUCUUUUGUCCUGCUUUUAGAUAUUACGCAUGCGCUACAGUGUUACGAACAGUUUUCACGGCGGAAGGUUGUUUGUAGUGAAUUUGGGCAGUAAGAUAGAACUGCUCGAUAACGUUUAUCUCGGUAAUCUUUAUUGGCUUCUAUCAUAAAAUCCGUGAAAAAGCAACAUAGUAUAUAGUUUUAAAUUAAUACCCUGAAUACGGGCGUAAAUAAAAAUUUAAUGUAAAACGCAAAAAGUUCUGAAAGCGAAUUUUUAUUGAUUGAUUGAUUGAUUGAUUUUUAACGUGAAUAUUUAUGGUUGUAGGGACAAGAUGGAGCCACAGGAAAUCCUGGACGUCGAGGAGCACGUGGAUCGCAGGUAAGAAACCAAAGCAGUCGGAGCACAUACGUUUGAAGUUUACUUCCGCAGUGUUUGCAAAGCCUCGCCAAAUAACGAUGUUGAAGAAGUUGGAUAACUCUACGCGAAGGAUAAAACACUAUCCAGUCAAUAAACGAGAUUCCGGUGAAUAGCGCUGUGCAACUUGUCAAAAAUUGGGGCCAGAAAAAUAUUUUCGGCGAUCCAUUGAAAAGACAGUUCUUUGUCAUGAAAGCUAAUACAUAAUCAGGGGAACUGCCAAUAAGGUCACAAUUUUCGUGUUCCGCUUCCCAACAAAUAUCUGCAAGCUCUUCGGAAUUUUUAACCUUCUGCUUAUCAAUGUCUUAGUGUCUUGUUUUUAUUAUUCAUUUUCCUCAGUUUAUUUUGACCUUUAAUUCCUUAUCAUUUUUGGUAAGUCAUACCAUUUACCUCUCUUUCCUUUUUCUCUCCUUGCAUUUUUCAGGGAGCCCGCGGUGCACCAGGUUCAGCCGGUACUCCGGGAAUUAGUGGACAAAUGGUACCUUUUAUAAAUAAUGUUCAUAACUGUCCAAAACGGUGCUUUCUAAAUAGAGAACUAUUGUCAUGAACAGCAGUUUGAACUGAGCUUGGAGGACUGGCGCAAAGAAUAAUAAUAAAUUAUUGCUGCAAGACAGAGUAACUGAAGCGUUGAGGAGUGAAAUUAGAUGGUGUCAAUACCCGCUUGACUCACCGGGCUAGGGUCCUGUUGGCGUAGAACGCAACAUAAUAUCUUACAAGACAAUCUAAUAUUUUGUUCAAGAGAUGGAUAAGAAAACUAAAAUUAAAAAAUCAUCGCGACAAAGUAAACUGGAGGUUGGUCUUGUGAAGUUUCCCUUUGUUAAUGAAAAGAUAAAACAGCCUGUGUGAGCAAUUUACUGAAAAAAAAUAUGAAAUAGGACGUUUAAAACGAUGUUUAUAAAAUAUAAAAAGAUCAUUUGCAACAACAGCAUUGCAUGGUCAAGCUCCUUCUUAAAACGGUUCAGGCUUCUGGUCGCAACAGGAUGUUUUUCGAUGUUUAUAUGGAUUGCGCUUUGUUAGCUUAAUUAACAAGUAGCUUAUACGGGUUGUUUGUGUGGGUGGAAUUACACUCGCUAAAUUCAAGAGAUCGACUCAAAGUUUUCACUGCUCCAGAUUUUUGAUCACCGUAAUUGAUGCAUUGUGAAACACAUAUUCCAUCUAUUAUACUACUACAUGAGAAAUUUCUGCAAUCUGAUUGGCUUAGAGCAGUGGUAUUUCAGCUUAAUUUGAAAUACCUACAUGUGAAAAUUACAAACCUUUUGUGGGUAGUAGUAUAAACAAAUAAUAGCAUUAUUUGUACGUGAUAUAUAUCAUAAAUACCACUCGUGAUAUUUCAAAAUUGUCUCAAAUUUCACUCGCCUAACGGCUCGUGAAAUUACGUAUAACAAUUUCGAAAUAUCACUCGUGGUAUUUAUGCCAAAUAUCACUACAAAUCAUGCUAUUACCUAUACAAAGAAGUUCCCAAAUCUAUGUUUCUUGGAGAUUCUUUCUCUGAUUCUAAACUUGGUUUUGUUUUGUACUUUUUAGGGACCAACUGGACCGCGUGGGGCCGCUGGAGCUAAAGGAGAAUCUGGAGAAAAAGUGUGUAGGCCACAUUGCUCGAUUUCCGAAUAUUUCUGGGAACUGAUCAUGCAAAAACGGCUAAAUUUUUCCCACUUAAGUAAAAUUGUUUCGAGAAUUUCGGAUGCAAAGCAAACGAAUCGGCCAGUUUUAAGGAAAAUUUUUGUUGGAGGUCGUGGAGCACGUUUCAGUUUGCAAGGUCUUUCUGUUCUGUAGUACGAAAAAGCCAAGGCAAUCCUAUCUAUUUUGGACUUCUCUUAGUUCAUAAAGGCCAAAAGAGAGAACUUGAAUGGCGAGCAGUAUGUUCAUAAAUUGCCGGCCUAAAAAUGUUAGCAGAGUGAAAUGCGGGGAAAAAGGACGACUUGAAUAUUCACUUAUGAAGAUUUUGAAUGCUAAGUUAUCAUUCCCUGAAUUAAAGGGGAGCAGAAAUAAUUGUUUUUUGGGGGAAAGCCUACUUUGUGUUAUCUGUGUAUUGGCGUACCAUUACGGUCGAACAACCACCUCUCGGCUUGAGGGAACUUCUCAAAACGGAACCCCCAAAAUGCGAACAGCAAGUAGAUCUCCGGCAGAAGUUGCAGAUUUUUGAAUGAAAGAAACUCCCUUUCUUACGGACCUCUCGUUAUUACGGAUUUAUAGGCACUUUUUCCGCCACAGCAUCAUAAUUUUUUUGACCGAUCUCUCACCGUAAAUAUUUCGUGCGCCUUGAACAUAUCCAGAGUGUUUCUUUGGAUCUAAGAUUCUUCUGCUGCGUGUCGAUUUAAACUGUCUGAAUGGAAAUAAAUACAUUUACUCCUCUAAUGCGGAUCUUUAAUCACAUAACUGUUGACGGACCGUCCCUAUCAUGUGUCAACAGGGUAUCAAAGGAGAAGCUGGAACUUUCGGAGACAAAGGACCGGCAGGCGGCUUGGUAAGAAUGACAUUCAGUCACUGCCUUGAUUAACGGCUUAAGUUAUUUAUUAACAGGAUUUUAUUUGACACUCAAAACAUAACAACCUAACGAAAUAAAGACAAUAAUGGCAUACAGCAGUAGUCUACUUACCAUGUUAUGUAUAUGACAAAGAGUUUUUUCAUAUGACGUCAGAUUAGUCAGUGAAAUAAACCAAUCUUGCGGGAGUCGAGCUCUUAUCCUUAUGUAAACACUUUUCUUUGUUUCAAUGCGUUAUUAUAGCUGCAUGACGGGUAAGGCGCCAUAUAAUAAAAUCAGUCGUUCUUGUCUCUCCAAUCAGGGUGAUCAAGGGUUUCAAGGAGAAAAAGGAGAUCCUGGAUCACCAGGCUUUACAGUAAGUUCACGGCUUUGCUGGAGUAAUUGUACUCUAAUUAUUGAAUCUUUACUGACGUCACUGUACACAUGUUUGCUAUUAGCAUACGACUAAACCAAUAGAAGGCAUCGCCCUAUGCCCAAAUUAAAUUUAAAAGUUUAAAGAGUAGGCUAAUUUGAGCAAUAUUUGCAAUUUUCAGCUCUUUGCAAGUAAUAACUAAGGAAAUAGCAGCCAUCGAAAAAUGUGAAGUUUGGAGUUUUCGAAAGACAAUUUCUCCGAAUCAAAAUAGUUGUUUUAUCGGGUUCAAAUUUUCACAGAUAACUGGAAUUGUCAUGCUCGAUCAAUAUUCAGAGAGUUUAUUUUAAUAGCUUGAUCAGACAAUGAAAAGCAUACGUUAAUGAGGCAAAGAUUGUAAACAAAGAUUCGCUUAUAUGAAUAUUGGAUCAGUAACCCAACUUUAACGCUGACAUGUUAACUUAUAAGGCCCAAUGUUGGGUUAAGUCAGGGGUGGGUGGACAGUUAAUCAGAAACUUAUAUUGAUCCGGAUUAUUUGAUAGGGAAAUAGAGGAAGUCCCGGAACAGCCGGACAACCUGGAGCCCGCGGUCCACCUGUAAGUACUGUAUUAAUGUUAUCAUAUCCUUGCAUUUGAGUAGGUGGACGUUUGGGACAGUUUACUUCAUAAGUGAAAGUAAUUUGGGAUGAAUCACUGAACUUUUAUUUACGUAAGCCACUCUUUUGCGAUUUCUGAUAUGGAGGUGCUGUGGCUUUAUUUACCCCCGCGUUUCUUGAGAAAAGCAACCUCAUUCCCCAUGGCACUUCUAAAUCCAGGGGCUCUUGAAGAGUUCAUCCUACUAUGGUGGCCCUCAGUGUAAUGGACUAACAUCUCAUCCAAGAAAAAAAAGAGAGUAAUACUCCUGAGAUUUAUUAUUCAUGCUACAGGGUCAAGGUCAACCGAGUAUAUCGUUACAGUGGUGUCAUUAGUCUUGUACACAUUUUCCUGGUGCUGUCUGGGUCUCGUGAUCAGUAACAAUUCAUUCCCUACCGCACUUAAAAUUUGCCAUCUGAUUUUAUUUCCCAUCUUUAUUUUAUCCUAGCAAGAUAUACGUCACUGACAUAGGAGCCUUAUAAAUGUCUUUUCUCUCGCUUUCGUCUCUACAAGUAUCUCCGUAGCUCAUUUGGAGAGAGCGUUUAUUCAGUUAUCUUUGGAAUCAUAUACCUAAGAAACGCUUCGAGUCAUAAUGUGAUGCUACUACCUACCUCGUUAAUACGAAUGAACUCUCCUGGUCCAAAAAACGCGAUGUUAUUCAUGUGUUUGGCGGUUGACUAGUUCAGUGAUUUUUGAUGUUGCUUUUUUUUAGGGCCCCACGGGAUCAGAAGGAAGUGCUGGACAACCUGGCAUUCCUGGUAUUAAGGUGUGGCGCGUUUCUUUCAAUGCCCACUCAUUCAUUUCUCCAUCCAUCCAUCCAUCCAUCUAUCCAUCUAUCCAUCCAUCCAUCCAUCCAUCAAACAACCAACCGAUCAAUCCAUCCAUCAAUCCAUCCAUCCAUCCACCCAUCUAUCCAUCCAUCCCACUAUCCAUCCAUUAGUCCAUCCAUCUAUCCAACCAUCCAUCCAUCCAUCCACCUAUCUAUCCAUCCAUCCAACUAUCCAUCCAUUAGUCCAUCCAUCUAUCCAUUCAUCCAUCCAUCCAUCCAUCCAUCUAUCCAUCUAUUGGUCCAUCUAUCCAUCCAUCCAUCCAUCCAUCCAUCCAUCUAUCCAACCAUCCAUCCAUCCAUCCACCUAUCUAUCCAUCCAUCCAACUAUCCAUCCAUUAGUCCAUCCACCUAUCCAUUCAUCCAUCCAUCCAUCCAUCCAUCCAUCUAUCCAUCUAUUGGUCCAUCUAUCCAUCCAUCCAUCCAUCCAUCCAUCCAUCUAUCCAACCAUCCAUCCAUCUAUCCAACCAUCCAUCCAUCCAUCCAUUUAUCCAUCCAUUAGUCCAUACAUCCAUCCAACCAUCAAUUCAUCCAUCCAUCAAUCCAUCCAUCCUCCAUCCAUCCAUCCAUCGAUUAGUCCAUCUAUCCAUCCAUCCAUCCAUCCAUUAGUCCAUUUUUCCACACAUCUAUCCACUCCAUUUAAUCAUUCAUUCAUUUAGGGAAGAGAUAGUGAGUCCACACUGUGGUCUACAAGUUGUGAUUAAACUUGGAGAUGACCCUUUUGCUGCAUUUCUUUAAUUCCGUUAGUGUUAAUUUGAAGAGGUAAAAGAUUUGUCCCCUUUCAAACUGACUAAAUUUGCAAAACGUGGUUUACAUGCAAUUUGAUAAUUUUCGAUUGAGUUUUAAGUAGUACUAUUAGAAGUAGUAGCAGUAGUGGAUGUUAUAUUAUAGCAAAAUCAAAUUUAUGAUUUUAUCCCGACAUUGAAUAAAUACGGUGGCGGAUCUAGGGGAGGAACCUGAGUUCCCCCUUUGUUUUAGACCAAACUGAGACCAAAAGGGCCGAAAAAAAAAUUUGGAGACCCGGCUCCCCUUAUCUCAGGGUCUAGAUGACCCCCCCGCCCCGCCCCCUCCCACCCACCCCUUAUCUGUAGGUACGUCACUAAAAUAUGUACUCUUUUAUGAUAUCUCUAGGGCAGGGCAGGAAGGGACGGCGAACCUGGAAACCCAGGAACUGAAGGAACUCCAGUAAGAAAGUAUUCUCGUUAAUGUAGAAUUUUUAGGACGAAAAACAUUUCACUUCCUCCUAAAAGAAUUAGUCCAAUGUGCCUGAGGCAGAAUUGAUAACAACCAGUCACGCUAAAUCGAAUCCGUCACGUUUCCAUUUGAGGUUUAACCACCUGUAACACAGACAAGAACUGUUCAUUUGUCUGGUCACGCUUUCCGUAACUUUCCGGAACCGUACUAAACAUUCUGGAGCAUAUCUCACAGCGUCAAGCAGUAAAGGAGUCCAAAAUUGUAUAUUUCUUUUGUUAUGAAUUACAUAGAAUUCUUAUUAGCGUACUACACGGCUCCGUGUCAAGUGUUGGAUUGGAAGUAAAUAAUUUAAUCUUUCUAUGAAAGCAUGUUACAGUUACCCAUAUAAUGACUUUUAACCCAGAUUCUAAAAUAUGGAUAAAUAGGACAAAUCAUUCAGAAAACAAAUCAUAUACGUUAUAUUAUGUACUAUCCCCCUGACAAUAUAACUGUGCUGACUGGAAGGUAUUCUACUUUUAAUUUAUUUAUUUUUCAUUAGGGAAAUCCUGGAGCCAAAGGACCUGUAGGACCAAAAGGAGAGGCUGGUCGCCGG